UUUAUCCGAUCCGAUCGUUGAAGCCCAGCGACAGAAAGAGGCGUCCGUCAACCGAACAGGCUAACAUAUUACAAAUUGCGGUUCUUGUAUGAGUGCAGCUUCUCAUUAAAGUUUCCUACCUGCUGCUACAACGCUGCCAACUAAGGCAUGGCUGCUCUUGAGUUUUCUGCCUCGCUAAAGCCAGCAGACCCUUAUGACAAUGCUGUGCUGAUCAUUGGCCAGCUGAAACAUCUGGGAAAGUUGAGGUAUGAGGAUGUUCAAUGCAAGUUUGGAGGCAGAGUUGAUGCUGAGACUUUCAGCAUCUGCAUCAACAGUCUGCACCCAUCCCCCACGGACCAGUGCUCGCUGUGGCUCAACAGCGCCACCGUGGCUGCUCUGCCCCUCAAGUGCAGCCGGCACAACACACCGUCGCGAUGCCAUGCCCUAACUCGUCUGGUCAAGAGCUGUCUAGCUGGUGGUCAAGAGUAUAUUGUGAUUGUGUGUGAACGCGAGAACGUGUACGCCUCUGGACUUGCUGUAGCGAGAGCCCUUCCUCUGUUCACUGCAAAGUCUGGGUCCCACAGCCUUUCCAGGAAAGUGACAGUGGAGUUUCUAGUGCUGGAUGAAGAGCGCAGGAUUUUCCUCACAGACGAGGAGCUGGAGUGUAUGUCUGUGGCAGCCACGAGCCUGAGGUUGGCAGCCAGCAUUGUGGACACUCCGUGCAGCGACAUGAGUGUGGACAACUUUCUGCAGGAGAUUCGAGAAGUUGGCAAAGAGCUAGGAAUAACUCCGAAAAUAAUUUCUGGAGAAGACUUAAUUCAUCAAGGAUUUGGAGGAAUCUACGGUGUCGGGAAGGCUGCGGCGGUCCCCCCGGCCCUGGCUGUCCUCAGUCACAUCGUGCCCGACUCGACGGAGUCCAUCGCCUGGGUGGGCAAAGGCAUCGUCUUCGACACUGGCGGCCUCUCUAUCAAGACAAAGACCGGCAUGUGCGGCAUGAAGCGAGACUGUGGCGGGGCUGCUGCUGUGCUGGGAGCCUUCAAGACUGCUGUCAAGAUGGGGUUCUCGGAGACUCUACACGCAGUUUUCUGCCUGGCCGACAACGCCGUAGGCCCCCUGUCCCAGCGGCCGGACGACAUCGUCCACAUGUACUCAGGACGAACCGUGGAGAUCAACAACACCGACGCCGAGGGACGACUCGUCUUGGCAGAUGGCGUGGCUUAUGCUGUAAAGGAUCUACGUUGUGACAUCAUAGUGGACAUUGCUACACUGACCGGGGCUCAGGGCGUUGCCACAGGCAAGUACCAUGCCGGCAUUGUGUGCAAUGACGAGAAGCUGGAGGAGACAUGUGUGAAAGUAGGUCAAGCCUGCGGCGACCUGGUGCACCCUAUGCCUUUCACGCCCGAGCUACACUCCUCCGAGUUCUCGAGCGCUGUGGCGGACAUGAAGAACUCUGUCGCAGACCGCAGCAAUGCCCAGGUGUCGUGCGCCGGCCUCUUCAUCAUGUCGCACCUGGGCCCCGACUUCCAGGGAAUCUGGUUACACAUUGACAUGGCCAUCCCCGCCGCUACUGGUGAGCGAGCCACUGGCUAUGGAGUGGCGCUUUUGACCUCGCUGUUUGGCAACCGUUCUGGCAACCCGCUCCUGCGGCUGGUGGGUCCAAAGGGGCCAGUCAACAACGGCACCGCCAUGGAACAGGAUAGCAACGAGGGCACCAAACGUAUCAAGCUCGUCUGAGGUGCAAUGUUGUAUGUCUUGUCCGUCACAGGCGGCCUGCAGUGAGCGGUGUGUGUUUUGUCCGGCUGCUCCCCUCCACCCCACCCCUCAUGUGUGCUAGUGACCAAAGGGCCCUCGUGGCCUCUGUGUGUUGCUGUUACAACUGUCUGGUCAGUUCUGUGUACCACCUGUCUGGACAAUUUGGCAUGAUACUGGCCGUUUGCUGGCCAUUUCUGUGAUGUCUUCAUUUUGCGGCUAUGCCUUAGUGUCAACGAAUAGAUGCUUAAAUGUUUUUCAUUGAUGAUUUUUCUUCUUCUCUAUUCUUAUGUACUUUUUGCAUUUUGAUAACUGUUUAUUUGUGUGACUGUAACUGUUUAUACACACCAGGCGUUUGCUAAAGUUCAAAGUCUGCCCCGUUUCCUCUUGCUUUUUCAAGAGCAAUGUGCAAAGCUGAAGGACUUGGGUAUCGACUUUUUUCUGACUCCCUGGAGAAUUGUUUGCAUUGCUCAUCAGGAUCAAAUAUCACCCCAAGUUUGAGAGCCACCACCGUGAACUAAGAUUUGUGGAAACUUUGACCCCCUGAGUUAAAAAUAAUAUACGGUCGACUCUGGUUGUGUUGAACUAGCUUGAGUUGAUCUUUGGUUAAGUUGAUCUUUAUCUCGGGUCCCACCUCCUCUUCCUCUAUACAGAUCCCAACGGUUUAGUAGGAACUUGAGAUGAGUUGAUUUUUUUUCCACUCCCCCAAGGACAUCAACUCAUCCAUAGUUAACUGUUGAAAGGUUCAGGGGGCACGUUUUCUUGGGUUGUUGUAUUUUUUUUGUUACUGCUUAUCCAGUGCUUGUGGGUGUGUCAGAUACACACAUUGUGUGGCUUUGUUUACUUAUGCUGGCUGCAAAUGCAACAGCUUCUGUUUGUUCCUAGACUUAGAAUAUAUUAUUUCAUGUGAGUUGUGUCACUGCUAAUUCUGUUUAGUGACUAUGCACCAAUGCAAAAAAAGACUGGAAGUAUUUUUUCCAGUGCUCUGCUAGUCGUUUUUGAAAGAGGAAGAAUAAGUUUUUCUCAAGUUUGCACAGUCUUUUCUCUUUAUAGCUUGCGUUCACUGCCUUUUCAGAUCUCUUGUUUUCUUAUUAUUUGUUUCUUACUAUGAUAGUAUUAACAAAAACUUUAUCUGACGGACAGUAGUUCCUUUCUGCUAGAUGUUCUGUCCACUUACCACUGGUUCAUUGACAACAAAAAUCUACAAGAACAGCUCAGGAUACGAGGUCAGAAACACCUAGACUUCUUCUGUGCUCUUGUAUGCUUUGAAGUGUUUGCUCAAAGAAUUCUUUGAGGUAAAUUUGCUUUCAUACGUCUUCUCUACCGGCGUCUGUAGUGUGACAGUUUGGCGUUUCGCUGUUUCUUGCAGGAGACCCGAUUUCGAUUCACAAGUGGGGAGAAAUUUUAUUAAGUAUUUCGGUCUUUCUGCUGUUUCCCUCUCAGCCUGGGUUGGCAGGGUGUCAUUGUGGGUGUAAAAGCAGCUACAUUUAGAGUUGUUGUUAGCAAUCCAGCUACAUUUAGAGAAAAAUGUAUUCUCCUGAACCUCUGAGUUUACCGUCAAUCUGAAUGACUCUCCACUUUCACAAGAGUCACUGAUAUUGUAAGCAUUGAUAAUAAUAUUUUAUUUUUGUUCUAUUUGUUGGAUAAUUAUUGGAUUCCUCAGCGUUUGGCUUCAAGAUUGUAAGUCAGUUUACAAACUAUUUGUAUGAGACUGAAGCCUUUUAAAAAAGUUUAAGCACAGCAUUAGAUCAGCUGCUCAGUGUAAGAGUUUGUCGAACGUGUUUUUUUUCAAAAUGCGUAGGGCAGUCUUACACUAGUCAGUCGACAUGUAUGGUGAUGAUGUUCUUUCAGGGAAAUGGGAAAAUAAUGUGAUGGGAAUUUAUUUAUUUUUUGUCAACUGAAGCUUUACAUGUUAUUAGAUUCUACUUUUUUUUUCAGGAAUUUUCUCAAGAGAUUUCUCUAUUCAAUAUUUGUGUUUGUGUGCAAGAGUCCCUUUGGGCAGUAUGUUACCGAUAGGUCUUGUAUUUGAUAAUGAAAGUUGUUGAAUAUUUUGUCAUAACAUUGUUUCUCGUUUUUCUGGGAAUAUGAAAAUGACCUCUUGAUGAAAUCUGUUUUUUGCCAGAACCUAAGGAUAGAGUAAUUUUUAAAAAUAUUUUUAAUGAAGACUUUGAUUGAAAGUGAGUUUCAACCUCCUACAACUCGGGUGAACAGAAAACGUGAGCAAAGGCAUCUUGUAUGGCCCUAUUAUUUUUUAAUUUUCAAUGUGAUGAGGACUCAUAAAGUGAGUUUCAGCGUACAACUGUAAACAGACAACUCUGGUGAAGACAUGUGGUGUGGCGCGACAGGAACUGGUGAUGUGUUCACCUGUGUGCAGUGCUGCCACAUGUCAUCUAGUGAGAAGAGAGAUCAAGCCCAUUUACAAGUCAGUCAGUCAAAUAUUAGGAAAAACAGACCUUUUGAUUCUUUCCUGCUUUGCAUAGAAAUACAUGUAAAUGUUUGUAUUUGGUCCAGUGGACUGAAAGGUUACUUGUUCGUAUAUUCUGUCACUUAAACUAUUCAUUUCAUUAGAAAAUUAGUUCUAAAUGGACAUUUCUCUCCUAUUUUGUCAUGAUUUCAAGAAUUUAAAAAAUCAAAAAUUUUUAAUUUCUAGCUCUUAUGUAUUUCAAAUUGUAUCAUUUGAAGUUUUUCUCUUUUUUAUUUGUAACCUUUCUACGCAGUUGAAUUUUUUGUCUUGUGUAUAUAGUGUUUUGUACCAGAGCGCGCAGAGCUUUUUAUCAUGGCUUGGACCAUGUAGCUGUGAUGACAAAUGAACAAUUACCGCUUGAAUUUUCUCAUUUGCCUCUAUGAAACAGUUAGUUCCGUUCCAUGACCUACACGCAAGCGACCCGAGUUCGAUUCUGGAGUGGGAAGAAGUAUAAUUGAGUUUCUGUCUGAUCGGAUGUGUUGUAUCCCUCUCAACCCAUGGUGACCCAGACAGGCAGGGUCGGUAACCUGUCCCCUAAAUGAUCUAAAUUGUGAGGAUUGGGGACAUGAAAAAAAACAGUGAUUAAAGAAAAAAAACAACAACAACAAUAUUUGUCUUGUGUGUUCAGUGUUUUUUAGCACGAUGCAAAGGUUUGAUCUUGUGUGGCUGUAAUGGCUCAUAAACAGUUACUACAGGAGUGUUGUCAUUGACCUGUAGGAAACAUCGAGUCCUCUACCCCUUCCUUGACCUACAUAGGGGAAGCAAGGUAUAAGUAGGGACAAAUUCAGGAGAUUAGUAUGUCUCGAGACAGCAAUAAGAACAUGUGGUACUCUAUGUGUGGUUCCGGUUAGUACAUCAUUUAUGUAUACGUGGUUCCGGUUAGUACAUCAUGUAGGUUUGUUUGUGUGGUUCCAGGCGGUACAUCAUGUAUGUUUGUGGCGAACCUCAAAGUAGAAAAUGGGAACAUUUUUCAUCAUUCAACAUCGUUAGCUUUGGAUGCUCUAUUAUGUUUUGCUCACACUGACAAUGACACGAUUUCACAAGUAAAUGUUUUCUCACUGAUAUUGGCAUAUGUACACUUUGUUGCAUAUUUUUGUAUUAACUAAUGUCUUGUAUUAGUGGUUUAUGUUCUGGGAUGGAAGAGUCGCACUGCUCACUUUAAUGUGCACCCAGCGGAGAAAGAUUGGGCGUCAAAGUCGAAGUGUGUACUGGGCAGGCGACCUUCCUGAGAAUAAACAGGCUCACCAAUAAAAAAAAAACUACAUGUAUCUUGACA